GCAGGUUCUGGCCAUGCCCUCUGUGCUAAUGCCACCCUAUGUGUCGUAUUUUUGAUCAUCUAAAAAUUAUCUGUUAACCUUUGAAAGUCUCUUACCGAGCUGUGAACUACUGAAACCCAGGAUUUGUGUUUUGUUUUCCACCCAGUAUAGUAUCUGGCACAUUGUACGUGCUCAGUAAAUGUUUCACAAAGGAAUAACAUGGAAAAUAACUGGCUGGUGAUUCCAUUGGGACACUUCUACUGUUUGCCGUCCCUAAAAUACAACUGAGUUAUCCCCAAAAUGGAUCAACAUUUUCUUAAUUCUUUUUUAAGUAUCCAACAGUGUACUGACCGCUCUGGGGACCAAGUUCAUAUAUUAGCAUGUAAAUGAAGAUGACUUUAAUCCUUGCUUUACCAUUUACUGACUGAGCAAUGUAUUUGAUAUUUUAAAAUUUCAGCAUCUGCAAAACGGAGAUAUUAAAAAUGCCUCCCUCAAAAUGUUGUUUUUAAAGAAAAUAGGUUAUAGAAAGGGCCUUCAAAAGCUCAUGGAGAGGGGCAUGGGACUAGGCUGCACGUCCCCAAAGCUAAGCGCCUGGAUCUGUCUGAAAUGGCGGAGGUGGAGGAGACACUGAAGCAACUUCAGAGCCAGAAGGGAGUGCAAGGGAUCAUGGUGGUGGACACGGAAGGCAUUCCCAUCAACAGCACGGUGGACAACCCUACCACCGAACAGCAUGCCACCCUCAUGCACAACUUCAUCUUGAAGGCCCAGAGCACCGUGCGUGAAGUGACCUUCCUUCGAAUUCACUCCAAGAAAAAUGAAGUUAUGGUUGCACCAGAUGAAGACUACUUCCUGAUUGCAAUUCAGAAUCCAGCUGAACAAGCCAUUCUCUUGGAUCCACGUCAUUCCUUAAUUUAAUGCCAUCCCCCCCCCCCCCCAAGUAAUAGUGUUAAUCAUGUCAACCAGCUGGAAUGUGGAAAUGGCCUUGCAGCCCACUCAAACCAAUCCAUGGCCGGGGGGGGGGGGGCUGCCAGCCCUGCGCACCCCCCCCCACCCCAGGGGCCACUCUACUGUGCCAGCCACUUCUGGAGUUCCUGGAGUGGACCCGCUUUGCUCACUUCCGGUUUUGGAGCAAGAACUUGUGAGAAGCCCACACCCAGUUUCCUUCUGACCUUCACAUCAUCUUGUUCUUGAAAAAGCCUGUUUUUCUUUAACAAAAAAUAACCAAAUGCUAAGAAAAAAAAGCUCAUUGGAGAAUGUGUAUUAUGAAAAUAAUAUGUAUAGAUUUCAAAACUUCGGAAGUUUAUAUAAAAUUUGUGCAGAUUUCAUAUUAUUUGGUAUAAUAUAUAAAUAUAUAAAGUCUUCACUGAAUUAUACUAUGUACAUGACCAUAUAACCUUCUUUCUUGUUAUGAUCACUGUAAUGAAUUCCACAUUUUGUAGCUUUUUUUUAAAGAUUUAUUUUAUUUAUUUGAAAGUCACAGUUACAUAAAGAGAGGAGAGGCAAAGAGAAAGAGAGAGGUCUUCCAUCCACUGGUUCACUCCCCAAUUGGCCACAAUGGCCGGAGCUGCACUGAUCCGAAGCCAGGAGCCAGGAGCUUCUUCUGGGUCUCCCACACAGGUGCAGGGGCCCAAGGACUUGGGCCAUCUUCCACUGUUUUCCCAGGCCAUAGCAGAGAGCUGGAUUGGAAGAGGAGCAGCCGGGACUAGAACUGGUGCCUGCCUAUAUGGGAUGCCGGUGCUUCAGGCCAGGGCAUUAACCCGCUGCACCACAGCGCCAGCCCCCAUUUUGUGACUUUAAUAUCUCUCUUCUCAAGAAAAAACAAUGUAAAAGUACCACAU